GGUUCCAGUUGGUCCCCCUGGUCCGGAGCCGGAUUCGGCAGUUGCGCGUUUUGAACGCAACAUUUGGGCGAACUCCGUCCAGUGGUGACUUCAUCCCACACUUGAGUGUGUCGAGACAUCGCGGAGUGAUUUGUCGUGGCCGCGCAGAGCUGUGACAACUUUGUGCGGCCACAUCUGGCAGCGGAGGGAUCUCCUGUCUGCCUCAGUUGACCCCUAAUGCUCAUGGCUGGCCGAAGGACUGAACAUUGUCCUGUCCUUGGUUUAGACCGGCUCAAUCUUCUCUUAAUUUUGGGAUAUUUUGGAAUAUCAACCCAAGCUUCUCUACCUCUCCAUUGAUGGAGAUACAGAAUGCAUCCUAACACUGGAAAUUCACAGUGAGUGUAGUUAAGCCAAACCAAGUCACAGGACAAUCCGAGCUCAGUUGUAAUAUACUGGAAGCUGUCAGUAGAUUCAUUGGUAACCAAUUAAGGGUAUUUGCACUUGUGGAGUGAAGAAUCGGUAUUAUAUCUCAGACGGUGUUAUCCUACAUGGAUAAUGUAGGAAUUCCAGCCAUAGAGAGACAUCCUUGUAGCUGUGAUGGCCACAGACCAGGGUCAGCCCCUCCUUCAGCUCCAGGAGGUAGACUCCAGUCGAGUGGGCUGUCGUGUCCUCUCCCCCACCCUCAACGCUUCCUCCCCGGGUCUGUCCAUCGAUACCAGCCAGCCCAUCUGUAUCCCCUCCCCUUACACCGACCUCAGCCAUGACUUUACCACCAUCCCUUUCUACAGUCCAACCAUUUUCUACGCCGGGCCAGGACUUUCAGACUGCUCGCCUGUGCACCAGUCCCUUAGACCUUCCUUAUUCUGGCCCAACCACGGCCACAUGGGCCCGCCCGGACCACUGCACCCAUCCCAGGUACGCCCACAGCAGAGCCAGCCAGUCCAGAGUCCAUGGGUGGAGCUGUCACCUGGGGACAGUGAGUUGACUGCCGGCAAGCAUAGGCGUUCCCAGGAAAGCGAGGAAGUUGUGGUGUCAUCGGGUGGGAAAGCAGACCUCCACUUCUGUGCUGUUUGCCAGGACUACGCCUCUGGCUACCAUUAUGGUGUCUGGUCUUGUGAAGGGUGUAAGGCUUUCUUCAAGAGGAGCAUUCAAGGCCACAAUGACUACAUCUGCCCAGCAACCAAUCAGUGCACCAUAGACAAGAACCGCCGUAAGAGUUGUCAGGCGUGCCGCCUUCGCAAGUGCUAUGAAGCUGGCAUGACCAAAUGUGGCAUGCGUAAGGAGCGUGGAAGCUACAGGAACCAGCAGAGGAGGCGAGUGAGCGGUUUGUCCUCACAUAGCAAGGCUCACGGAGCGAAGGCGUUAACUGAACCGGUGGCGUUUGCCGAGCUCCACCCGCCUGUGCUGACCCCGGAGCAGCUGAUAAAGCGAAUAAUGGAGGCGGAGCCGCCUGAGAUCUACCUGAUGAAGGAUAUGAGGAGACCCUUCACCGAAGCGAACGUCAUGAUGUCUCUGACCAACCUCGCUGAUAAAGAGCUAGUUCACAUGAUCAGCUGGGCUAAAAAGAUCCCAGGUUUUGUGGAGCUCAGUCUUCUGGACCAGGUGCACCUGUUGGAGUGCUGCUGGCUGGAGGUGCUAAUGAUAGGACUGAUGUGGAGGUCGGUCAACCACCCAGGGAAACUCAUCUUCUCACCUGACCUCAGUCUGAGCAGAGAAGAGGGCAGCUGCGUCCAGGGCUUUGUGGAGAUCUUUGACAUGCUCAUAGCCGCCACAUCCCGGGUGAGAGAACUCAAGCUGCAGAGGGAGGAGUAUGUCUGCCUCAAGGCCAUGAUCCUCCUUAACUCCAACAUGUGCCUCGCCUCACCUGAGGGCAGCGAUGAUCUGCAGAGUCGCUCCAAGCUGCUGAGUCUUCUCGACACAGUGACCGACGCCCUCGUGUGGGCCAUCGCCAAAACCGGCCUCACGUUCCGCCAGCAGUACACCCGCCUGGCACACCUACUCAUGCUGCUCUCACAUAUCCGCCAUGUCAGCAACAAGGGCAUGGACCAUCUCCACUGCAUGAAAAUGAAGAACAUGGUGCCUUUGUAUGACCUGCUGCUGGAGAUGUUGGAUGCCCACAUCAUGCACAGCACCCGGCUGCCCUCUAAGGGUCUGCAACAGGAGGCCUCGGAGCAGAAGGAGGUUCCUGCCAAGCAGGAGGGUUCCAGUAGCACCUCCUCUAACAGCUGCACUACCGACAACUGAGGUGAUGCCCAGUAGCCAUCCAGUCACCUCUUGGCUUUCGAACGCAUUCACUUGUAAGGAUUUGUAUCACUUUGCCUAAAAAAAAAAAAAAGACUGUGAUGAGGUGUUUUUUAAUUCAGUCUUUUGAAUGUAGACGCUCAUGAUUUUCUUUGCACAAAUGUUUCACAUCAUCCUAAACAUAACUCAUGCAGUACUGUAUUUCUUGCCUUACCACAUCAAGGCCCAUAAGUACCACUCGUUCUUACUUGAUGGCCACUAGUUCUAUUUUGAAAAGAUAAUCUAAUUUCAGUAAUGACACGCAGACACACCAUGCUAGACAAACAUUGUGACAAAAACAACAUACUGUUUACUUAAACCAACAUUUGUGUCCCAAAUUGAUCCAUGCUGGUGCCAUCUUGGAGAUUCUUUUAUUCUGAGCAUGUCGUUAGCCUGGUUAUUGAGCUUUCCUGUUGCUGUGCUCUCUUGUGUUCACUGUUGAAGAACACACUAAAAGAACCCCUUUAUAUUGAAAACGUCAACUGGAGAUAGUGCCUUAAUCUUGUUAUUUAGAUAAAUGGAAUAAAAGGACAAUGAAUAAACCUAGCAUUAGCCUUAACUAAUACUUUAGACAAGUUUAGGAAGUAGACGAAAAAGUGCCUUAAACCUGUAGGAUUGGCCAGCAGAGGGCGACCUCAUUAAUUGAAGUAGGAAUUUAUGGGUACAAAUUACUACUCAUUCGAUUAUGUUAGUAGACAUUUUCCUGGUUAAAACACCGAUCUUAUUAAUCGUGGAAUGAUUUUGAAUAAACCAAAAAAUAUAACAAAGUGAGCCAUACUGUAUUUUUACAGUCAGUCGCAAAGAUGCCAAGCAGGAGUCCACCAUUCAGUGUCUCCAAUCACAUGCCCAGUUGUUUAUGGGAGCAGAAAGCUCAGCCCUUCGACCACUACUUUCCAGCUUUUAUUAGAUGACCAAAGGAAAACAAAACCACAAGGAAGUAUUUCAAAGUAUUUUCCAUCAAAACCUUUACCUUGACAAUACUUUCCCCAAUUUCUUGGUGUUCAAUGAAAAAGCACAUGGUGCAAAAAUAAAUUCUAUAACCUGUUUUGGAUUUAAAAAAAAGGGGGGGGGGGGGGGACACAAUUUGGACGUGCAUGCUUUUCACUGAGCAGGGAGAAAUUGUGUGUCAACAUUAUUUCAGUGAGAUCACCACAGCAGUAUUUCCAAACUUUUAUUGAGCCAAGGCACAGUUUACAUUUGAAAAAUCCCAUGGCACACCACGAAACAAAAAUGGCACAAAAAGUAUGAAAUAAUGACAGACAAAUUUAAAGGUGAUAUACUCGCAUGAAGCAAUGACAUAUUCUGUUGUAUGAAUGGAAACAGGUUUAUUGUACCUUCUGCCAUCUAAUGGAAGAACAUUCAAUUGUUCUGCCUGUCACUAUAUGUAGCUGGCAUAGAUAGAUAGAUAGAUUAAAAAAAAGUCUAAUUAAUAAAUCCAUCCAUCCAUUUUAUGAGCCGCUUCUCCUCACUAGGGUCGCGGGCGUGCUGGAGCCUAUCCCAGCUAUCAUCGGGCAGGAGGCGGGGUACACCCUGAACUGGUUGCCAGCCAAUCGUAGGGCACAUACAAACAAACAACCAUUCGCACUCACAUUCACACCUACGGGCAAUUUAGAGUCUCCAAUUCAUGCAUGUUUUUGGGAUGUGGGAGGAAACCGGAGUGCCCGGAGAAAACCCACGCAGGCACAGGGAGAACAUGCAAACUCCACACAGGCGUGGCCGGGGAUUGAACCCGGGUCCUCAGAACUGUGAGGCUGACGCUCUAACCAGUUAUCCACCAUGCCGCAAUUAAUCAAUAAAUCAUCAUUUUCAAACAUUCAUGCGGCACCCCUGCACUCAAGCGCAAUUUAUAUCUCCUACUGGCACCUAACAUCUUUCGCUGCAAAAUCUUGUUCAAUUGUGGCUUUUUGUCAGGUUUGUAACCAUUAUUGUACUUCGGACAAAGUUGCACUUACCUGUUGGAAUUUUAAAUUGAGGGGGAAAAAAAAAAACUAUUUUUGUAUUUUCUUGUGGCUAGCGCUGUUGUACGCAUUGUUAAAAAUAUUGAAAUGUUCACAGAAUUUUUUUGUGUGAAAAAAAAAACAAAAAAACAAAAAAAAAACAAGCUUGCAAAUAUGUACCAGUUCGGCCUGUUUGCUUUGUGCUAUUUUAACAUGAAAUAUCACUGCUACAUAUCUGGUGUUCACUUACUUGACCGCCAUGUGUAAACAUAACAUUUGAAGUGAAAAGACUGCUGGGCAACGUGUUAAUCGUGAAUCAUCUCGUAAACACUCUUUUUGUACAGUACACCUGGAAGUACCAAGGAGAGUUGUUCUUUUCACUAUGAUUGGCUUAUUUGUCAUAAAAUAAGCUAAAUGUUACACAGAUACUAGUCAUGCUUAAUCAUGUUUAUAAAUGUAAACGUAUGUUUUAAAAUGCACAUAGUACACUUAGACAAUAAAUGAUUGUGUCAUUGGCAAAACAUGA